AUGGUUCUAAAAAAUAUUGAAUAUAUUGCAAAGCUGUCAAUACUCUUUGAACGCUCUUUAUGGGUUUCUCAACCCGUGGUUUUCAAAGUUAGAAUUCUGGAAGAAAAUUCCGAGAUGGCUUUUCCUAUCCCUCAAAAAUCCACCAAAGUAUUAACCAUACAACCCACUGAAGAUGUUACUGUUGUACUUACCGGUCACAAUGAGGUUAUUGAUGAACUCUCGGGCGUUUAUAUGACUACAGUAGAACUUCCAGAUGUCGGAGUGUUUGAAAACCAAUCUCCUCAAAAACUUACCAAAGUAUUAACCAUACAACUCACUGAUGAUGUUACUGUUGUACUUACCGGUCACAAUGAGAUUAAUGAUAAACCCUCGAAUGUUUAUACGACUACAGACCAAUUUCCUAAAGUUAAAUUUUUUGAAAUCCAAUUUCCUGAAGUCAAAUUUUCUGAAUUUAAAUUUCCUGAAAUCCAUUUUACAGUUUUUGAAAAAAUUCGUGAAUUCUUUGAAACAAUAGUUAAAUUUAUAACUGAAAUCCAACUUCCUGAAAUCAAAUUUCCUGAAAUAGAAUUUCCUGAAGUUAAAUUUCCUGAAAUUCAAUUUCCUUCUCUCGAACCAAUUUUUGAAAAAAUCCGGGAAUUCUUUGGAGCAAUAGUUAAAUUUAUAACCGAGUAUUUCAUCAUUAUUAUUGUUGUAGUAAUAAUAAUUAUUAUAUCUCUUCUCAGUCCUCAGAUUUUUCUUGGAUUUCUCUAUCUUUUGGGAUUUGGUGCUAAGGGAAUAAUUGGAGGAAGUUUGGUUGCCAUAGCACAGUCCAUUAGUGCUUUAGGUAUUUGUGGUGCUUGUGGUGCUAAAAUUUUGAGUAUGAUAGGAUUUGGUACCCUUGGAAUUUUACGAGGAGGUUUAGUAGCCAUAUGCCAGUCUAUUGCUGCUAUAGGCGCAGGUGGAUUACAAUUAUUACCAGUGGUAGUAAUGGCGGUAUUAUUCAUGAUAUUAUUUUUUUAUGCAUGGGCAUCGGCAAAAUAG